AUGGAAUCCCUCAAGCCUCUGAAGGAGAUGACCAGAGGCGAGCGGCUCGGUAGCCGACUGGCCCGUGGCAGAAUCAACGAGGCCAUCGCAGACUUCAAUCUCCGCGUUUGUUUUCGUGGGCCGGAUCCUGGCUCCGAGUCCUGGUUAGACCAUCAUUUGACGACUCAUGUUGACCCGAAAGCAACGUUUAAAGUGGCUAGCCAGAAGCCCCAUGGUGAGAAAGCUGACGACGCAUCUGAUCCCAUCCCUUCACGGGGAUGGGCUACGCCGAAUCCCGAAUCAUUCAUGAAGAAGAUCGUCAAUGGAGAAACGGAUGACUCUGGCGCGCCCAGAAGCGACGCGAUUUUCAGCUUUCUGGAUGCCGGGAACAGUGCCAUGUCUGCUGCGUCUAGUAUCGAGCUCCGCGCUGUCCAUCGCAUCAUCGAAGCGACUACUAGGCUCGGUGGCGCGUUUUUUUGGGAAGCCGCUGGGCGCGACCGGGCUCUAUCAUCGAUUGUAGCCGCGCACAUCGUCAGAAAACAAAACGAGCUCCCAGGGUACAUCUUGGUUGUAUGCCCCGAGGCGCGUGUGGCUCAUUGGUACAAUCAGACCCAGCGCUCCACGCCGAACGGGCCGUCGAAUACCCUCCUCCUCAGCGAUUCCAACGUUCCGGCCGAAACUUUGAGCAGAUACGACGUCGUCAUCUGCACCGAGACAUUCCUCAGUACUAGCUUCAACGAGAUCACGGAGUUUGAGCACUUUUCCAAAGUUCAGCGCGUUUGUGGAAUGAGUUUCGAAGAGGCCAGCAAGAUCGUCAGGCCUCCUGCGAAGCGUCCAAGCGCACCGCUGCACAGCUACGUCGCUGGCAAGAGGGCUGCUAUCCUGAUCGUUGAUGAUGCGCACCAUUUCAGCGUGGAGACCUCACUGCUCAACCGCGCUGUGAGGUCUUUGCAAUACGAGCACUGUGUCCUCGUCACAGCUACACCGAUGCCCAACAGCUGGGAUGACAUCUCUGGACAAAUGAGGCUUCUGCCAGGAGGGGGCCCCUUCUCAACCGUCGGUCACUUUCGACACGUCUUGACAGGGCAACUGGGCUCCUGCGACAGGCCCCAUCCUUCUGGAUUGGCGAUGCUGGAGACGUUGCUGGGCGGCCUUGUCGUUGGACAGGCACCGUCGACUUUUUUCCCGUGGGAACAGUGA